UCCAAGAUACUAAUUUCUGCUGGUGUUCGUGGAGUACAAUGUGGUUCAAAGGAUUUUUCGAUCACUACUAUCAAAGCCUUUGCAAAAUCACAGGUUGACUACAUACUAGGAAACAAUCCUAUGAAGAUGUCAUACAUGGUUGGCUUUGGGACCAAAUUCCCAAAACAAUUACACCAUAGAGGCGCAUCCAUUCCUUCCAUUAAAACUCUACCUGCCAAGGUGGGUUGUAAUGAUGGGCUUUCAACAUGGUAUUCUUCAAGCAAGCCCAAUCCAAAUACUCAUAUUGGUGCAAUUGUUGGGGGCCCAAAUUCAAAUGACCAGUUCACUGAUUCAAGAUCGGAUUAUUCACAUUUAGAGUCCACAACUUAUAUGAAUGCAGCUUUUGUGGGAUCUUUAGCCGCUUUGCUUGGAGAAAGUAAAGAAGAGUGCGUGUAUAGUGUGGUUGAUGAUUUACAGAUUCAUCACCAAUGAUAUGUUUGUUAUGUUGAAUUGAACAAAAUAAUUUAUGAGCUGCCUCUAUGCCUUAUUCCAUCUAA